UUAAAAUACAGAUCUUCAAAAAUGCUGUAUACUCCUCAACAGAUGACUGGCGGCCAGAAGUAUAGCCACAAGACCAAGGUCGGGAAUUGGUAUGAAGAAAUGGCACUAGAAGAGAUCAAAGCGAAUGAUUAUGACUCUAAAUAAGCAAAAUUCUGAAUUAGGAGUCACUGCGAUGCAUACUUCAUUUGCCAAGACGAAGAAAAGAGUUCCACAGACUUAUUCAGAAGACGGCUUACUACAUUUUGGAGACCAUAUUAUGCUUAGUAAUAAGAAAACAACAGGGGUUUUGGUAACUAAUUUAUUUGAGAAAUUGGAAGGAUAUGGAGUGACUACAACAACAAACAUUGCUGGACCCAAUGGAAGAAAUAUUUAUACUAUGGGAAGAUAUGAAGAAUUAGAUGGCUUUGAAGGAAAUGAUAUUCAUUAUGGACAGAAAAUCAAGUUCUCAUGGCACUCACGAAAAGCAAGCUUAAGCGCCAAGGGUGAAGAAGUCUGAGUAAUCCACAAAAACGCUUAUGACUGUGUCUGGGAGAUCGAUCACAUCGACCCCAAAAUCAGGUUCGAAAUGUACGGAGAAAAAGUGCCUGCUAAUGAGCCAGUCCUGAUCAAGCAUUCGAACACAGGCCGCUACCUGGCUUCGGACCUUGUCAAGCACAAGAACCAGUACGGAGACGAAUUCAAAAAAACCCAGAACCUUGCUCUCGAAAAGACAGGCAUGAUAACGGCAGAUGUUCCGACAAAACACCCUGAAGACGCAAACGUGUGGAUGGUUUGCACGGCUCCUGACCCAUCGUACUCGGUACCGCUCGAAGGUGACGAAGAGUUCACUUUCGAAGACCUGCUAAGAGAAAUCAAAGGGAGGCUGCUCGAAAGGUCAUCUUUCGGUAUCAGAGGCCUCGGUAGAAUCUUCAGAGCCAUGGAUGACAAUGGUAACCGCCAACUGGACAUUGACGACUUCAGAUGGGGACUCAUUGACUUCGGAAUCACAAUUACCAAGGAAGAGGCAGCACAGCUUCUGAAGCAUAUCGACAGAGAUGGAAGUGGAACCAUUGACUUUGAUGAGUUUCUCAGAUUCCUUCGUGGAGACCUCAACGACUUCAGAAAGAACCUUAUCAACCAAGCUUAUGACAAGUUAGAUGUUAACAAAGACGGGCUGGUCAAGCUUGACGACAUCGAAAAGCUGUACGACGCUUCCCAGCACCCUGAUGUGAUGGAUGGCAAAAAGACGGAGCAAGAAGUGAUUCUCGAAUUCAUGCAAAAAUGGGACACCCAGGAGAAAGACGGAAUCAUUACCAUCGAAGAAUUCUACGACUACUUCAGCGAUGUCUCCGCAUCAGUGGACACUGACGAAUACUUCGAAGCAAUGAUGAAGAGUGCAUGGAAGCUCUAGGUUCCGUUCAUAGUGGUUCAAUUAAACUAA